AUGAAGUUAGCGUUCUUUAUUGCAGCACUCGUUGCUUUUUUUUAUCUGACUGAGGCAGAUGACAUUUACAAACCUAAUCCUACGAUCGGUCCUUAUUGCCCGAAAACAUGUCACAAAGUGUUCGUAUGCGACAAAUAUAAAGUGGAAAAAAUCUGGAGCAUAGUUGACAAUCAAUGUCGCGUAUUCCAGAAUCAGUGCUACCUUGACAGAUUCAAUUGCGAGCGCAUCAACCAAUGCCUGCCAACCGUGGGCCCAAAUACGAUACCCGAUUGCGAGCGUCAUUGCAAUUUCGCGUGCCCAUCCAUGGGCUUUGGGGUGUGCGCCACAUUUUACAAACAAUUCGGAUCUAUUGUGUUUAAAAUGACUUUCACCAGUAAAUGUCAUUUGGAUCAAUACGCCUGCCAGAACGGUGUUGCUUAUUCGCCUGAUGAGGUCACUUUGGGUCCAUGUCCUCCAUAAAACUUAAUUGAAAAUAUUAAGUAACAUGUAUAUGCAGCAAUAAUUUUUAAUUUUUGUAAA